AUGGGCUCUGUAAAUGGAGCUGGGCCAGUUGGGUGUUCGGUUGGAGUUGGGCAUGGAGAGGAGACACAAAGUGGACAUGGAACUGAUGAAUUGGAAGAUGUAGUUGCUAUUGGGCUAGACAUCAUGCCAUCAUCCUCAAACACAGGAGUUUCAGACACCUUAGAUCCCAUGGCGAUCGUAUCAGAUGACGAGAUUCCGUCAGAGCAAGAGGUCUACACAUCAGACACCAACAGCACUGACGACGACGAUUUCCAGCCGUUCGCGCUACCUGACGUCGGAGUUGAGCGUGCUGAUGGCCUUCCUGCCGGGGAUUUACCACUUGCGGUGAUCCCUGCUCCUAUAUCGCUUGCUGCUUACCCAGUAGUGGACAUGCCCCUUGAUGUUGUUUCUGACGACGACAUCGAUCUGUUUGAGGAGGACCCACCUGAGGCUGACCAUGAGGGCGGGGCCCCCAUUGUUGCUGAUACCAUUCUACCCAUUGCAGAGGCCCCUGCAGAGGAGCUUCCUGCCGGUUCACCUGUCCCAGAUUCCUUCGAAUCUGUGGCAUCUGUGUCCGUACACGCUCAGGGAGUGCAUCAUCACUCUCAUGACGCCGACCCAAACAUGGCGUUAUCAGCUGCAUCUGCUCCCGCACACGACUUUGAGUUUGAUCACGAUGCUGAUGAUGAUUUUGAUCCAGUCUUUCCCCCUGGUUUUGAUCCCGACCAGGAUAUCGAGUUCAUUCACUUAGACCAGCCCCUAGAGGAGCUUCCUGCUGUGGCCCCAGAGCCUUUAGCCGCUCCUGACCCUGCAUUAGAGCAUGACCUUGUUCAUGAUGAUGCACCAGCCAUUGCACCCUUUAUUGCUGAUCAUCCUGUUGUUGCUCUACCAUUGGUGGAUGAUCAUGUUGUUGACACUCCUGUUGACGCUCCACUCUUGAUAGAGGAUCCUGUUGUUGCACUAUUUCCUGAUCCUGUGUCGGUGCUAUUCGACCGUGCACCUUUUGCUACUCAUAUAGAUCCACGUUACGCCGACACCCGUAAUGGGUGGAUUGAUGACGAUGAUGAUUACCCACCUUUUGUGCGACCUGUUACACCUCCAGUAGCCCCCGUUUCAGCACCCAUUUCUGCACCCACUGAUAUCCCACUGAUUCCCCCACACAUCACAGAUGCUCAUCGCACUGAUCUCCCUGUUACGUUCCUUCAGGACAUACCGCCACCACGUCCUGGGGAGGGGUCAUCUAGGCAGCCGCCUAUUCCUGUUCCACCCAUUUGGUUAAACAGUUCAGAUGAGGGCGAUGUGGUCCUUAGUCACUUUUGA